AUGUUCCUGUACUCGCUGACUCUGCAGCGGGCCACGGGCAUUGUGCAGGCCGUCCACGGCAACUUUGCUGGCACCAAGCAGCAGGAGAUCGUGGUGGCGCGAGGGAAGACCUUGGAGCUUCUCAAGUUGGACCCUAACACGGGCAAACUCCAUGUCGUGCUGACACAUGAGAUUUUUGGUAUCACACGAGCGCUGAUGCCGUUUAAGCUGACAGGAGGCAGUAAAGAUUACAUUGUUGUUGGGACUGACUCUGGCCGAAUCGUCAUCUUGGAAUACAACCAGUCCAAGAAUUCUUUUGACAGGGUGCAUCAAGAAACGUUUGGCAAGAGCGGCUGCCGUCGCAUCGUCCCCGGCCAGCUGCUGGCCGUGGACCCCAAGGGCCGCGCUGUCAUGAUCGCGGCCGUGGAGAAGCAGAAGCUGGUGUACAUCCUGAACCGCGACUCCCAGGCCCGGCUGACCAUCUCUUCCCCGCUGGAGGCCCACAAGUCCAACACCUUCUGCUACAACAUCGUCGGGGUGGAUGUGGGCUUUGAGAACCCCAUGUUUGCCUGCCUGGAGAUCGAUUACGAGGAUGCCGAUUCCGACCCCACCGGGGAGGCCGCCGCAGCCACUCAGCAGAUGCUGACCUACUACGAGCUGGACCUGGGCCUGAACCACGUGGUGAGGAAGUACAGCGAACCGCUGGAGGAGCACGGCAACUUCCUCAUUGCGGUUCCCGGUGGCAGCGAUGGCCCAAGUGGCGUGCUCAUCUGCUCCGAGAACUACAUCACCUACAAGAACCUCGGGGACCAGCCUGACAUCCGAAUGCCCAUCCCUCGGAGACGGAAUGACUUGGACGACCCAGAGAGGGGCAUGAUCUUUGUCUCCAGUGCAACCCACAAAACAAAGUCCAUGUUCUUCUUCCUGGCCCAGACGGAGCAAGGCGAUAUCUUCAAAAUCACCUUGGAAACGGACGAGGACAUGGUGACGGAGGUCCGCAUGAAGUACUUUGACACUGUGCCCGUCGCCACCAACAUGAACGUGCUCAAGACGGGAUUCCUUUUCCUGGCCGCCGAAUUUGGAAACCACUACCUGUACCAGAUUGCCCAUCUCGGGGACGACGACGACGAGCCCGAAUUCAGCAGCGCCAUGCCCCUGGAGGAAGGGGACACCUUCUUCUUUGCUCCCCGGUCUCUCAAGAACCUAGUGGAGAUCGACCAGAUGGAGAGCCUGUCGCCCAUCAUGAACUGCCAGAUUGCAGAUUUGGCCAAUGAAGACACCCCACAGCUCUACGUGGCGUCGGGCAGAGGCCCGCGAUCAUCUCUGAGAGUUCUCCGCCAUGGUCUGGAGGUCUCAGAAAUGGCCGUGUCCGAGCUUCCAGGUAACCCAAACGCCGUCUGGACCGUCAAGAAACUCAGUGACGAUGAGUUUGACGCCUACAUCAUCGUGUCCUUCGUCAACGCUACCCUGGUCUUGUCCAUCGGCGAGACCGUGGAAGAGGUGACGGAUUCCGGAUUCUUGGGCACCACGCCCACGCUGUCGUCCUCACUGAUCGGAGACGACUCUCUCCUGCAGAUCUACCCUGACGGUAUCCGUCACAUCCGAGCAGACAAGCGUGUUAACGAAUGGAAGACGCCAGGCAAGAAGAGCAUCGUCAAGUGUGCCGUCAACCAGCGGCAGGUUGUCAUCGCGCUCACUGGAGGGGAGCUGGUGUACUUUGAAAUGGACCCAACGGGACAGCUGAACGAGUACACGGAACGCAAGGAGAUGUCGGCCGACGUCAAGUGCAUGAGUCUCGGCAGCGUCCCCGCCGGCGAGCAGCGGGCCCGAUUCCUGGCCGUGGGCCUGGACGACGACACGGUCCGAAUCAUCUCACUGGAUCAGUCGGACUGUCUGCAGCCGCUGAGCAUGCAAGCCCUACCGGCACCGGCCGAGUCACUCUGCGUUGUGGAGAUGGGCGGCACGGAGGCCACCGAGUCGGGAGAACGGGGAAUGAGCGGAGGUCUCUUCCUGAACAUUGGACUGCAUAAUGGCGUCCUGUUGAGGAUGGUGCUGGACUCGGUCACAGGAGACCUAUCCGAUACCAGGACCCGGUACCUGGGUUCCAGACCCGUCAAGCUGUUCAGGAUCAAGAUGCAGGGGUCGGAGUCUGUUCUGGCCAUGUCCAGCCGGGCCUGGCUAAGCUACUGGUACCAGUCCCGCUUCCAUCUCACCCCGCUGUCCUACGAGACGCUGGAGUACGCUUCGGGCUUUGCCUCGGAGCAGUGCCCCGAAGGCAUCGUGGCAAUCUCCACAAACACUCUCAGAAUCUUGGCGCUGGAGAAGCUGGGAGCCGUGUUCAACCAGGUGUCCAACCCGCUGACCUACACGCCACGCAAGUUUGCCAUCCACCCGGAGAGCAACCACGUCGUGGUCAUCGAGUCGGACCACAACGCCUACACAGAGACCACCAAGGCCAUGCGCAAGCAGCAGAUGGCCGAGGAAAUGGUGGAGGCGGCAGGGGAUGAGGAGAGGGAGCUGGCGGCUGAGAUGGCGGAGGCCUUCCUGCAGGAGGACCUGCCGGAGAGCCUGUUUGGCGCCCCCAAGGCCGGCCCGGGCAUGUGGGCCUCGCUGGUGCGGCUGCUGAACCCAGUCAGCGGGACCACGCUGGACACGGUGGCGCUGGAGCAGAACGAGGCAGCCUUCAGCCUGUGCGUAUGCAAAUUUGCCAAUCGGGGUGAUGACACCUUCGUCUUGGUCGGCACAGCCAAGGACGUGACGCUGAGCCCGCGGACUUGCUCCGGUGGCUUCAUACACGCGUACCAGCUCGUUGACGACGGCAAGAAACUGGAACUGCUCCAUAAGACCCCAGUGGACGAUGUUCCGUCGGCGAUUUGCCCAUUCCAGGGGCGUGUCUUGGUGGGUGUGGGCAGACUGCUGAGAAUCUACGACCUGGGCAAGAAGAAGAUGCUCCGCAAGUGUGAAAACAAGCACAUCCCCAACUUCAUCAUUAACAUCCAGACCUCGGGCCACCGCAUCAUCGUCAGCGACGUGCAGGAGAGCGUCCACUUUGUCCGCUACAAGCGCCCGGAGAACCAGAUGGUGAUCUUUGCCGACGACACCCACCCGCGCUGGGUCACGGCGACGACCAGCCUGGACCACGACACGGUCGCGGUGGCUGACAAGUUUGGAAACCUCAGCAUAAUUCGGCUGACCUCGGGCACCAACGAUGAAGUGGACGAGGACCCCACGGGCGUCAAGGCCCUUUGGGACCGGGGCCUGCUGAGCGGCGCCUCCCAGAAGUCGGAGAUCAUCUCCAACUUCCACGUGGGCGACACCAUCCUGUCGCUGCAGAAGGCCACGCUCAUCCCCGGCGGGUCGGAGUCGCUGGUCUACACCACGCUGUCGGGCGCCAUAGGGAUACUGGUGCCCUUCACGUCACACGAGGACCACGACUUCUUUCAGCAUCUGGAAAUGCACAUGCGGUCAGAGUUCCCGCCCCUGUGCGGCCGAGACCACAUCUCCUUCAGGUCCUACUUCUUCCCAGUCAAGAAUGUGAUUGACGGCGAUCUGUGCGAGCAGUUUAACUCCAUGGAUACCGGCAAGCAGCGCAGCGUGGCCGACGAGCUGGACAGAAACCCAAGCGAGGUCUCAAAGAAGUUGGAAGACAUCCGGACCAGAUUUGCAUUUUAAUAAAGUCAAGUUAAGAAAUUCUGGAAAGAACAGAAGCCUAAAUCGGACAAAGUACCACCUGUUGCGUCUCCAAGGCUGUUUAGAUCUUACCUUCUGCGGGUUUGAUCCUCGUGUGAAGUUUCUACUUUGCGUAAAUGAAACUUCUAUGAAUCUUGUACAUCCUUCACAAUCUGCAAGAAUUACCAUCCACAGUUAACUGCAAGGAUUUUUGCAGGAUUUUGCAAGAAUUUGAUAAUUGAAGGAUUAAGAGCAGAGCAUACUAGAGGGAGAUUCACCUGAACAAAAAAUGCCAAUGGGGAUGUUAGGUUAAGUGGUUUUGUGAGCCAGUGAACCCCUUUUAAAGAGAAUUUCAGUCGAAAGAAAUGCCUGGGGCUUUGUCAAGUUGAAGAAGUUUUUCCUCAGUCGUCUGUAGGUCGUCGAAAAUGUUGAUUUGUAUCACUGAAUUCGAUGCUAGCGACAAAUCGUGGCGACAACUUUUAUGAAGAGGGCAACAACAGCUCUGUAAAGUAGCCCUAAUUGUCUUCAGGGGGAACUGUCCACUGGCCGUUUUUUACUUUGGAUCCAUUGUACAUAUUGCAGCUGCCACACAAAGCUUUGUUUCCCUGGUUGUAAAUAGAUUUGCCAGUUACUUCUAGAGUAGACCCAUUUGGGCACUUUUCGGGGGAGGGGGGGGGAACGUGUACAUGUGCGUGAUACACAUGCGAAAUUGUGUCAUUAAUUUUACCCAUGCAUAUUUCUAAAAGUGUUUUUUUGUCCAUAUUGAAGGCCUGCAUUCACUCUUGUAUUCUACAUUUCAAGGGAACAAACCUGCAAAAACGAGUGAAAACAUGAUUGUUUACUGCCCCCCCCCCAAAAAAAUGGUUUCGAUUUCGAGCCCCACGAAUGUGAAAUGUUUUUAUUAUUUCAAUUGGUUCUUCAGUGCACAUCUCUACUACUAAAAUAUACAUUUCACUGUUGCUUAAUCCGUUUUCAGUAUGAUUUUUACUUACACUCUGGGGGGUUAGAGUUAAAGAAGGGGCCCGAAUGCAAAAUAUUGACAAAUUGCUUUCCACUAUUGAUCAUUGUUAGUUGUGUUAAAUCAUUACUUUUUGUAAAAUACCUUGGCAAUAAAAUCAUGGUAUUAAAGAAAAUGAA